ACUAACGCGCAGAGAUGACCCACAUAUGUUGGUUUGUUUGUUUUCCAUUGCCAAUUGCAAUGCACGGAGAGUAAUAAUAGCAGCAAAAGUGCGGAGUAUAUCGGUCGCAUAUUUAAUUGUUACUUUUAAAAUUACAAUAUCAAUAGCAGGAUGGCCGCAGACAGCAGAGAUGUUAAUCUUGAGAUGACUGAAGAGCAGCAGGCGGCUGGCGAUUCUCGCGGAGAAGCCCCUCCGACACCCAUAGCGGUCCCAACUGUCUCAGAAAAGGUGCCCGCAGAAAGUGUCGAUGGAAAGAAGGCCCGCGUGCCGCGGCGCAUCCUGCACUUCAGCGAUGGCACUAUGGAGGAAUACAGUACAGACGAGGACGAGCCCGACCAGCCGGCCCAGGACGCCCUUACGCACCUGCGCACGGAGAACCCAAAAUCGAUGGGCUGGCUACCAUGGGCAUGGUGGUGGUUCCGCUAUGCCGGAUACCGCACGCUCGGCGGAGUGGACAAUAUGGGAGAGAAACUGGCCUACAUGCUGGGCAUCACGUCACCAAAGUAUCAGUACGAACUCGACGAGUACUACGAAAUGAAGAAAAAGGAGGAGGAGGAGAAGGCGCAGCGGGACCUGGAGGAGGCCGGCUGGUCGCCGGGCACGGCGCUCACCAGCGAGCAGCCGGCCGGUCCCGGUCCGACCGCCUACCUGGUGGGCGGCGACAGCGCCGAGCCGGUGACCACGCCGCCGACGGCCGGACGACUGCCCGACCAGACGGCCGCCGGUGUGUCCGGCCAGCCGGUGGCCGCCACCACCACACCGUGAGGGGCUGAGCGGGCGGCCGGCACCCGUGUCCGGCCAGCCGGUGGCCGCCACCACCACACCGUGAGGGGCGGAGCGGGCGGCCGGUAGCCGGUGUCUCCGGUCAGCCAGUAGCGGCCACCACUAGACCGUGAGGAGCUGGGCGGGCGGA